AUGCGUAGGAGCGGCUCCCCCUUUCUGCCGAAAUUAUUCGCCAUGGCUCCGGUGAAAAAGCAGAGCACCAAGGGUGGCAAGAAGAAGAAACAAGUGCUCAAGUUCACUCUGGACUGCACACACCCUGUGGAGGAUGGCAUCAUGGACGCUGCCAACUUUGAGCAGUUCCUUCAGGAGCGCAUCAAGGUGAAUGGAAAAGCAGGAAAUCUGGGUGGGGGCGCUGUGACCAUUGAGAGGAGCAAGAGUAAAAUCAGCGUGACGUCCGAGGUGCCCUUCUCCAAAAGAUACCUGAAAUACCUGACCAAGAAGUACCUUAAGAAGAAUAACCUGAGGGACUGGCUGCGCGUGGUCGCCAAUACCAAGGAGAGCUACGAACUGCGCUACUUCCAGAUCAACCAGGAUGAAGAGGAGGAGGAGGAGGAGGACUAAACCUCAUGCCCUUUUCAAUUUUGUAUAUCCAAUAAAAAACUUGCUACAUCCCA